UUGCCUGAGGAAGCCCAGAAGAGGAGGAAGGUGAAAGAAGGAAGAGUCUGGAAUGGCUCUUUCUCAGCAGCUGACCAUUGAGGACGUGGCCAUCGAAUUCACUCCUGAGGAGUGGGAAUGCCUGGCCCCUGCACAGAGGACUUUGUACCAGGACGUGAUGCUGGAGACCUACAGGAACCUGCUCUCUGUGGAACCUGCACGGAGCUGUCUCAAGACCCGUCUGCCUGUUCAGAUCCCUCAGCCCUUCCUUCUGGGAUUGUUACUUAGGAGAAUUGUAAAGACAGUAGACAGAUCUCUUUGAUCCUAG